GAACGUAAAAAGGGUGAAGGUGACACAGAAAGACGGCAGAGCAAUUACGUUCUCUUCAGAAGAUGGUUGCGAGACAGGUGGUGAAACAGGAAGGGACGGUGACAUUUCCGGGGGUGAAGACAAACGUGGCGGCCAAGGUGAAGGUGACACAGAAAGACGGCAGAGCAAUUACGUUCUCUUCAGAAGAUGGUUGCGAGACAGGUGGUGAAACAGGAAGGGACGGUGACAUUUCCGGGGGUGAAGACAAACGUGGCGGCCAAGUUACGAAGGCAAAUACACUAAGUUACCUUCAGAUUCGACAACUUUGAAAUUUUGUUACAAAUGGACCACAAAAUUGGGUUUCGACCAAUGAAUAACUGUUUGAUUUUUCUUUACAGUAUGAAAUGGUUUCUCUAUUUUCAGAUUCUUUUCCAUGAAAUUAAACUCCAACUAAGAAUCUCAAUACUAAUAAACAUGUGAUUUUGCU